ACAUUUCAACUCGAGUCCUUUUGAGUGUUCAGUCACUUCGGAGCUGCUGGGCAGAGCUCUGGGCGUUUUUAGCAGAGGUUUCAACACCUCCCUCUCCUCGCACUUUAAAUGUGGAGAGAAAACCUCUGUGAGGUGUCAGUAGCCCGCGUGGAGGAGAAGAGGCAAAGCGAUGGUGUUCUUCUCGGUGUUAGCCUCCGCUUUGGUGGUCUGUGUCCUCAGUGAUGGGAUUCCUCCUGAUGGAAUACACUGGACUUACACAGAGGGAGCUUUGGACCAGAUGCACUGGGCAACACAGUACCCUGCAUGUGGCGGAAAGAAGCAGUCCCCAAUAGACAUCCAGAGGCGCGGCGUGAGACACAACCCAGAUAUGUUGCAGCUGGAACUCAGCGGAUACGAUACUCAGAGAGGACAUUUCCUCAUGUCCAACAACGGGCACUCCGUUCAAAUCGACCUGCCUCCCACUAUGGUGAUCACCAAGGGCCUCCCAGGGAAAUACACAGCUGUCCAGAUGCACCUGCACUGGGGCGGCUGGGACCUGGAGGCCAGUGGGGCGGAGCACACUGUAGACGGCAUUCGUUACAUGGCAGAGCUCCAUGUUGUCCAUUACAAUUCUGACAAGUACAAGAGCUUUACUGAAGCCAGAGAUAAGCCAGAUGGUCUGGCAGUACUCGCCUUUUUCUAUGAUGACGGGCAUUUUGAGAACACAUACUACAGUGAUUUCAUCUCCAACCUGGCCAAAAUCAAAUAUGCAGGUCAGAGCAUGAACAUAUCGAGCAUUGAUGUGCGCUCUAUGCUCCCUGAGAACCUCAACCACUUUUUCAGAUACCAAGGCUCCCUCACCACACCACCCUGCUACGAGAGCAUCCUCUGGACUGUGUUUGAUACUCCCAUCACUCUCUCACAUAACCAGAUUAGGAAACUGGAGAGUACUCUGAUGGACAGGGACAACAAGACCCUGUGGAAUGAUUACCGUAUUGCUCAGCCUCUCAACAGCCGAGUGGUAGAGUCAUCUUUCCUGCCACGCUUAGGGAAAGGAACAUUUUGUCGGCAAGAUGAGAUUGAAUCCAAGCUCCAGAAGAUCGAGGGUCUAAUAACGUAUCUUGGAAAGCAUAUCACUUCAGGUGGAUUUCGCAACUCAGGGGCUCAUAGACAUGAGCCUCAUGGUCUGUUUCCUUUGGUGCUCGUCUUCCCGGAGAAGAAUUCUGGAAGUUAUGCUUUGGCCCGCCUCAGCCAUCCCAUGGAGUUGGACUCUUUCACAGUCUGCAUGCAUGUCUUGCCUCAGCUCGAGGGGAUCCAUACCGUCAUCUCCUACGCCAGUAACGGCAACGACAAUGAGAUGAUGAUCUCCAUCAGCGAAGACAGAGAUGCGAGAGAGGUGGGCCUCUGGAUUGGCAACGAGUUUGUCAACCUGCCGUACAACUUCAAGUCGCAUGACUGGGCCAACUUCUGCAUCACCUGGAGGUCCCACACUGGAGGCGCAGAGCUGUGGAUCAAUGGCAUGGUUGGGGAGCAGCGGUACCUGAAAAGUGGUUACACAAUUAGCCCAGGCGGUGUGUUCAUCCUGGGCAAAGACCAGGAUGGAUUACUGGGCAUCUCCAACGCAGACGCCUUUGUGGGUAAGAUGACUGAUGUCAACAUUUGGGACUAUGUGCUGACCACAGCAGAUAUCCGGGACCAGAUGUCAUGUCAGACAAACAGCACCGUGGUGGGAAAUGUGUUCAGCUGGGGAACUACCCCACUCAGUCUUUAUGGAGGGAUGCAGCUGGACAGUCAGUACAGAUGCUCUUGAAGAGGCUCAGCAGCUUCUGUUCACAUGUGCUUUAAAAUGCUGCUUUAAACCAAAAUAUCUGUUGUGAUGGUGGGUGGUUAAAAUGUGUCUGACACGUGGAAUUAAGGAGAAAAUGUCUUUCAGGCUCCUGAAAUUCAAUUUUGAAUGCAAACUGUAUCUUAUAUCUUCAGCCCUGAAUUGUUUUCAUACCUUUGCAUCAUCAAUAAAGGCUUAUAAGUGA